UUGACGGAGCCGCUCGUGGCCCGCACCGGAGCAGAGAGAGCCGUUCGAGAGCUUACCCAAACCCUAGAAAGGAGUACAAGCAGAGGAAGAGAAGAAACCCCCAAAUCUCUCUCUCUCUCUCUCUCUCUCUCUCUCUCUCUCUACGAAGUCCAAACGUGAUCGUUUCCACCUUAACCUCUUGACCGUGAAAUCUCCCUUGUUGUAGGGUUUCUACGACGUGAAUCGUGAUGGCGCGAAAGCCAUGACGACACCGUCGGGGGCGAAGAGGGAUCUCCGGCCAGCCGGGUGCGGGGGGGACGGUUGCGGCGCCCGGGAUCCCUGGCCUCUGCACAACGUCCGCCACCGCACUGUCUUCUGUCGCCUCUGCACCUCCUGCGUCCUUCGGUACCACCCCGGCUCGUUCUGCGUUUCCUGCUUUGAUCUCCUUCUUGACGGAGGCGGCGCCUCCCCGGUCGUCCGCUGCUCCCGUUGCCCCUCCAUCGCACACUCCGCUUGCCUACUGGAGGCUGCUCCCUCCUUCGUGUGCCCCAGCUGCUCCGACCCCGGCGGUUCCUCCUCAUACUUUUCGCUCGGCGAGGAGAAAUCGAUCGAUCUCAAGUCCUCUAAAGUGCUUCUGGCCGCCGCUAAACUGGCGGCCGCGUCCAUUGGCAGGGCAGCGGCGUGCACCAGAGCAGAUGCCGAGAGGAAGACUAAGGAAGCAGUCGUUGCGAGAAAGCGAGCAAGGGAAGCGCUCGAGAAGGUUCUUUUGUUGUCGCAGUCAGAGAAAGAGAAGAAGAACAGAGUAGCUUACCAGAUUGCUGCACCGAGUCCCAAGCCUCAAGUCGUGGAUUCGAAGAAAAAGAUGCCGAAGCUGAGCAGCACAGUUGCAGCCAUGGUGGGCCAGAAGAGAGUUCAGAACAAGGAGAGGGAUAGAUGGAUGAGGUUUCAGGAGCCGAUAGGGAUGGAGCAGACACCAGUCCAGGGCACCGAUAAGAAUAAGGUGGAUUUGCCCACAGGGAUGCAGAACCAUGCCACCAAUGUGGAGACGGAGGGUACAUUGACUGGUUUGUCUCACGGACACAAUCCCAUGGGUAAAGUGGAGAGGGAUGAAGGAGGAGUCCUCAAAGGUUCUCAAGGUGGGCAUGUUAAGGAGGAGGAAGUUGUUGCUGCUUGCUGAUUGUGGUCCUGUGGUAUCUGAUCUGACUCGAGAUGAUUCAGCGACGAGAACCAAUUGUGCAGCUGUCAAUGCUAGUCCAUAAGUAUCUCUAGCACUCGUGAGUUGGUUCGUGAAUUGCUUUAGAUAGCACACAUAACAGUUGUUUGCAGCCAUUGGAAAUUGUUUGGGGUAUUUUAUAUGUCCUCCAAGUCUUCUUUCUUGUCAGUGAAAUGUCCCUGUUUGGUCUACUAUGUCUGUUUUUAUGGAGUUCUAUAAUUGUCUACCCCUCAUUCUAAGUUUCUACUAAUAUGAUCUAGAAAUGUUAUCUUAUGCUAUCUAAUUUUAGUCUCACUUUUUUA